GUUAGGCCACAGUUUGGAAAUCGAUUCCUGUCCGCCAACGACGAUGUGUUCCAGCACAAUGCUUGGUAGGAUAUUGUUUUCCAUUCGCGCUCGCCGGUCAACACUCUGCUCCGUUGCCGGUCGUGCCAAUCAUCACGUGAGCGACUAUGAGCACACCCGGCACCGGAAGAAACCGGCCGGGGGUGGUGAUCGGUUUUUGCGCGACCCCACGCAAGUUUUCCACUUCAACUCAUGGGAUAACGUCGAAUGGGACGCAGAGCAGGAACAGGCUGCUCAGGAAGAGGUCAAGCAGAACAGCUCCCGUAAGCUGCCGGCGGCGGAGAUUUUACGCCUAGCGACGGAGGCCGACCGUAAUUGGGACCGAUUCUAUAGUAUUCACCAGAAUCGGUUCUUCAAAGAUCGCCACUGGCUUUUCACGGAGUUUCCCGAGCUGGCUCCGAACGUAAGCCGCGGGACAACUGUUCCCGAAAGAGUCUUUCCGGGAGCAGGAGCAGCUCCGUCGACACCCGCCGCGGUGGAACCUAGCCAACGAAGGACCAUCUUUGAAAUCGGUUGUGGCGUUGGGAACACCGUGUUUCCGAUACUGAAAUACAGCGACGAGAAAGAUUUGCUAGUCUACGCGAGUGAUUUUUCGCAUCAAGCGAUCGAAAUGGUUCGCCAAAGCCCGGACUACGACACCGACCGCUGCCGGGCGUUCGUACUCGAUGCGACGGCCGACGAAUGGGAUGUCCCUUUCGCCGAGAAUAGCAUCGAUAUCGUGGUGCUAAUCUUUGUACUUUCCGCUAUCGAUCCAGAACGCAUGCAGCAUGUGGCUAAUCAAAUUGCACGCUAUCUCAAACCGGGCGGGUUGCUGCUGCUGCGUGACUACGGACGCUACGAUUUGGCCCAACUGCGCUUCAAGCCGGGUAAGUGCUUGAAAGACAAUUUUUACGCUCGUGGCGACGGAACGCUGGUGUACUUCUUUACCCAGGACGAUCUGCGAACCCUGUUCGAGAAGGCUGGCCUCGUCGAGGAGCAGAAUAUAGUGGACCGACGGUUACAGGUUAACCGAGGCAAGAUGAUAAAAAUGUACCGUGUCUGGGUACAGGUGAAGUUUCGUAAGGCGCGUGUUUGAUAGUAAUACAAGCUUC